CUUGUGACAAAUGAAAUUGUGAUCCUCAUCCUCAUCAUUCCACUGCACGGUAAGGAAAACAGGAAACUGCACUAUGAAACAAUCGUAAUGCCUAUUGUGGUCAGAUGCAAGGCGCGACCAGAUAUUUACAGAUGUGCAAUAAAUUGAAUCAACACACGGUUCCCACACACGCCGAGUCACAGCGACUGAUAGGUCCUUGGAUUUAGUGAUGACUGAUCCUUUGGAAUAUUUCUGUCAGCGUAAGGACGACUGCCAUUCUGACACGUCGCAACUUGGUCUGUAGGUAGGCCUUUUAUUUAUAGAAGACGGAUAUUCGGGUAAAUAGCAUGCAAAUUGAUAUCGCGCACAUCACAUAAAGGACUGUCCUCCAACGCGUUCAAUUACCAUCGACCUGCACCAUGUCCUCUAAGCUAUUCCAGCCGACCAAGGUCGGGACAAUGAUCUUUCAAAACAGGGUCGUCCUCGCACCCAUGACGCGCAUGAGAGCGUCGCAGGCGAACGUGCCGCACCUCCCAAUCGCGAAGGACUAUUAUGCUCAACGAGCACACACGCCAGGAACCUUCCUCAUCUCUGAAGCGACGAUCAUUGCGGCUAAGGCUGGGGGGAGGGACUAUGCUCCCGGUAUAUGGAGUGACGAGCAAAUAGAAGUAUGGAAACAGGCGCGUAUCCAUGUUUCGCCUCUUCUAUUCCCAUUACUUAAAUUUAAUCAGAUCACGGAUGCUGUCCACGAAAAAGGAUGCUUCAUAUAUUGCCAACUGUGGGCCCUAGGGCGAUCAGGGUUUCCUGAAACCCUCGACAGGGAAGGGUUCCCAUAUGUUUCUGUUUCGGACGUCCCGUUGACGGGUCGUUCUCGCGCACCACGACCGCUCACAGUGCCUGAGAUCAAAGAAUACUCUGGGCUAUAUGCGCAGGCAGCGUUGAACGCUGUGAAAGCUGGCUUUGACGGCGUCGAGAUCAACGGAGCGCAAGGACACCUCUUGGAUCAGUUUACUCGCGACGGGCCAAAUACUCGGACGGACGAGUACGGAGGGAGUAUCGAAAACAGGGUAAAGUUCCCGCUGGAGGUCAUCGACGCGGUCGUGAAGGCGGUGGGUGCAGAGCGGACCGCAUAUAGGAUCACUCCAUGGAGUGGCUACCAAGGUAUGGCUUUUUUUUUCAUUCAAGUAGGCGAAAAGCUCGUCUCGCAGACAAAGUCCCAACAUCCCGACCUUGCCUACCUCCACAUCAUGGAGCCCCGCAUUUUUGGCAAUUUCGAUCGCGAGACGGUCGGCCCCGACGAAGAGAACGACUUUAUUCGGAACAUAUGGGCACCCAAGACGCUCAUCGCUGCGGGCGGGUACAAUAGGCAGACUGCCAUGGAGGCUGCCGACAAGACGGGAGACUUGAUUGCAUUUGGAAGGCAUUUCGUUUCGAAUGUGAGCAUCCACGACUGCGGUCUCUCAGCCCGUACAAUAGAGAGACAUUCUACAUCCCAGACUACCACCCAGAGGGAUAUACUGACUAUCCCUUUGCUAAUGCCUAGGUCUUUCCUAAUGUGAACGAUCUUCCAACUUGGCUGGAGUGAGCGAUGGUAAACACCACCCCGGUAUCUAGUACCACCUAAAAAUAUUUUGCAACAAAAAGAUUGCUGUCCCAUGGAGGAGGCAAGGAUCGAGUCGACAUGAGAGUAACAAGUCAAGUGUGU